AGCAAGAGUUAUUGCACAAAGAGAAAGAACAAAGGUCCCACAACGUAGAAGAAGACCCCAGCGGGUUGCCCCUGUUGGCUCGGGCAGCCUGCUUUUAUUCCCUUAUCUGGCCCCACCCACAUCCUGCUGAUUGGUCCAUUUUACAGAGGGCCGAUUGGUCUAUUUUACAGAGAGCCGAAUGGUCCGUUUUAACAGGGUGCUAAUUGGUGCGUUUACAAUCCCUGAGCUAGACACAAAAGUUCUCCACGUCCCCACUAGAUUAAUUAGAUACAGAGUGCUGAUUGGUGCAUUCACAAACCCUGAGCUAGACACAGGGUGCUGAUUGGUGUGUUUACAAUCCCUUAGCUAGACAUAAAGAUUCUCCAAGUCCCCACCAGACUCAGAAGCCCAGCUGGCUUCACCCAGUGGAUCCUGCACGGGGUCCACAGGUGGAGCUGCCUGCCAGUCCUACGCUGUGCGCCAGCACUCCUUAGCCCUUGGGCGGUCGAUGGGACUGUGCAUAGUGGAGCAGGGAGCGGAGCUCGUCGGGGAGGCUGGGACAGCGCAGAAGCUCGGGGCAGGGGCGGGGGUGAGGGCUCAGGCACUGAGGGCUGCAGGUCCCCAGCCCUGCCCCGCGGGGAGGCAGCUAAGGCCCGGCGAGAAAUCGAGCACAGCAGCUGCUGGCCCAGGUGUUAAGCCCCUCACUGCCCCACGCCCACCCGGAACUCGUGCUGGCCUGCAAUCGCCCCGCGCAGCCCCGGUUCCAGCCCGCGCCUCUCCCUCCACACCUCCCCGCAAGCUGAGGGAGCCGACUCCGGCUUUGGCCAGCCCAGAAAGGGGCUCCCACAGUGCCGCGGCGGGUUGAAGGGCUCCUCAAGUGCGGCCAGAGUGGGCGCCAAGGCCGAGAGGAGGCGCCGAGAGCGAGCGAGGGCAGCCAGCACGCUGUCACCUAUCACUAGCACUUUGGGACUACAGAGGCGGGAGGAUAGUUUGUGCUCAGGAGUUCGAGACCAGCCUGGGAAACAGGGUGACACCUCCUCUCUAAAAAUAAACAUUUAAAAAUUAACGUGGCAUGGUGGUGCGCUGUCUGUAGUAACAGCUACUCCAAAGGCUGAGACAGGAGGAUCACUUGAGCCUGGGAGGUCGAGGCUGCAGUGACCUGUGAUCGAGCCACCGCCUUGCAGCCUGGAUGACAGAGAGAGACCCUGUCUCAAAUACAACAACAACAAAAAAGCAGGCCGGGCGCAGCGGCUCACACCUGUAAUCCCUAGCUCUUUGGGAGGCCAAGGAGGGAAGAUCACUUGAAGUCAGGAAUUCAAGACCAGCCUGGCCAACAUGGUGUAACCCCCUCUCUACUAAAAAUACAAAAAUUAGCCGGGCAUGGUGGCGCGCGCCUGUAAUCCCAGCUACUCGGUAGGCUGAGACAGGAGAAUCGCUUGAACCCAAGAGGCAGAGGCUGCAGUGAGCCGAAGCGCCACUGCACUCCAGCCUGGGCGACAGAGGAGACUCCGUUUGAAAAAAAAAAAAAAAGUUAAAAACAAACAAAACCUUCCAUGGACCAUGAAAGGCUGGAAUUUGGCUCGAUCUCAUUCGCCUCUGAUUUCACCACAAAUUGAUCAUCCAACAACUUUCAUUCCAACAACAGAGGGUGGUGUGAGGCAGAGAGGCUUUCUACGGGGUGGGUUGGGCGCCACACCUUGCGCGCCGCGGGGCCCGAGGAGACGAUCCUGGAGAGGAGCCUGGCUACUUUUGCCUCAGACGAGUCCGGAGCGCCGAGUUAACCGGUCUGAAGUCCCAGGGGCUUUCUGGGACUGCGCAGCCACAGGCAGCUUCCGGCACCAGGGGACGCCUGACGCCGUCCGGACAUUCGGCGCGCUUGCCACGAUCUUGGACGGGUCUCGGGCCUCGACCUUCCGAUUCUCCGCUCCGGCUCCGAGAUGUCAGCAACACUGAUCCUGGAGCCCCCAGGCAGCUGCUGCUGGAACGAGCCCGUGCGCAUUGCGGUGCGCGGCCUGGCCCCGGAGCAGCGGGUCACGCUGCGCGCGUCCCUGCGGGACGAGAAGGGCGCGCUCUUCCGGGCCCACGCGCGCUACUGCGCCGACGCCCGCGGCGAGCUGGACCUGGAGCGCGCGCCCGCGCUGGGCGGCAGCUUCGCGGGACUCGAGCCCAUGGGGCUGCUCUGGGCCCUGGAACCCGAGAAGCCUUUUUGGCGCUUCCUGAAGCGGGACGUACAGAUUCCCUUUGUCGUGGAGUUGGAGGUGCUGGACGGCCACGACCCCGAGCCUGGACGGCUGAUGUGCCAGGCGCGGCACGAGCGCCACUUCCUCCCACCCGGGGUGCGGCGCCAGUCGGUGCGAGCGGGCCGGGUGCGCGCCACGCUUUUCCUGCCGCCAGGACCUGGACCCUUCCCAGGGAUCAUUGACAUCUUUGGUAUUGGAGGGGGCCUGUUGGAAUAUCGAGCCAGCCUCCUUGCUGGCCAUGGCUUUGCCACGUUGGCUCUAGCUUAUUAUAACUUUGAAGAUCUCCCCAAUAACAUGGACAACAUAUCCCUGGAGUACUUCGAAGAAGCCCUAUGCUACAUGCUUCAACAUCCCCAGGUAAAAGGCCCAGGCAUUGGGCUUUUGGGCAUUUCUCUAGGAGCUGAUAUUUGUCUCUCAAUGGCCUCAUUCUUGAAGAAUGUCUCAGCCACAGUUUCCAUCAAUGGAUCUGGGAUCAGUGGGAACACAGCCAUCAACUAUAAGCACAGUAGCAUUCCACCAUUGGGCCAUGACCUGAGGAGAAUCAAGGUAGCUUUCUCAGGCCUCGUGGACAUCGUGGAUAUAAGGAAUGCUCUCGUAGGAGGGUAUGAGAACCCCAGCAUGAUUCCAAUAGAGAAGGCCCAGGGGCCCAUCCUGCUCAUUGUUGGUCAGGAUGACCAUAACUGGAGAAGUGAGUUGUACGCCCAAACAGUCUCUGAACGGUUACAGGCCCAUGGAAAGGAAAAACCCCAGAUCAUCUGUUAUCCUGGGACUGGGCAUUACAUCGAGCCUCCUUACUUCCCCAUGUGCCCGGCUUCCCUUCACAGAUUACUGAACAAACAUGUGAUGUGGGGUGGGGAGCCCAGGGCCCAUUCUAAGGCCCAGGUAGAUGCCUGGAAGCAAAUUCUAGCCUUCUUCUGCAAACACCUGGGAUGUACCCAGAAAACAGCUUUCCCUAAAUUGUAAUGCAUUUUUCUGUUGUUGACAUGAGAGAUUCAAGAUCAGAUUCUAGUGUUCAGUAACCCUAUGUGAAUCAGCUGUCUCCUGGAUAACAUUAAAGGCAUGUCUUUGUCAUUAA